UUGCAACUUGAGCGCUAAUAGCUAGCUAUCAUAAAUGCCAAGAUGAUUAUAAUGAAAUAGUAGAUUGAUUAAUUCAUGUUUUUAUUUCAAAGGUACGGAGGGCAGGCUGGCCAUGUCACUUCCAUUCUAGAAACCCAGACAUUUACUUUUGUGGAGAAAUUGCAUGUGAAAUAUAAAAAAACAAUUUCACGACCACCCUGUCGCACCUCUGCGGUCCCCCUGUUAAUUAAAACGAUUAAUCUAAACGACUAAUUAUUAUAAUUGACAUUUUCAUAAUAGUAACCUCAUAAUAUGAAAAAGCAUCUUGUUGCUUGACAUGUAUUUUCUUUCUCGUCUCUCACAGGGCUUUACUUGACUUCCUCCAGUGAUGUUUUCCACAAGCAGCGGAUGAAGUCCCAAAGUGUUCGACGCCAGUCCGCCCCCGCUUUGGUCAUCAGCAAGGCUCUGGCCAGGUCCAAGACGCUUUCCAGAGAGAGUCUCUCAGUUCCCGUGUUCAAAGAAACAUGCUCUUUGGUCCAGUCCUUCCUGAAAGUGCCCAACAGGUCGUUUCUCCUGCACGGGCACACUCAGCUGAAGACCGGCAUGCAGACUCAGGACAGACACCUCUUCCUCUUCACAGACAUCCUGGUGAUCGCCAAAGCCAAGUCAGCCAACCAGUUCAAACAGAAGGCGCAGGUGUGUGUGAGCGAGAUGUGGACAGCGAGUUGCAUGGAGGAGGUGUGUGAGGGAAGCACCUGCCCAGACAGGAGCUUCGUCUUGGGCUGGCCCACCUGCAACUCUGUUGCCACGUUCAGCUCGGCGGAACAGAAAGACCACUGGCUGGCUCUCCUCAAAAGACGCAUUAAAGAGGAAAAAGAGAAGGAAGAACCUAAAACCAUCCCUCUCAGGGUGUAUGGGAAGGGACUCAACACUUACGCUGUGACCAAGACUUUGCCCGUCAGCAACUCGGAUUCCACCACUGAAGUGAUCCGACUGGCCCUGCAGCAGUUUAGCAUCAUUGGCAACGUGAAGGACUACCAGCUGUGGAUCCUCUCCAAGAGGGACAACACACCUUAUCCUCUCAUUGGUCACGAGUUCCCCUUCAGCAUCCACAUGAGUCACGCCCGACAAGCGUCGUCACAGAGCGCCAUCUCGCCCGAAGACCGAGAGAGGGCGAUACUGGCGGAACAGCUGCAGGUGCACAAGCGCUGCCAGUUCAUCCUGAAGCCCCGCCCCCCUGAGGAACCGCUUCAACAGCAGGUGGUGGCAGCAGAUUUCCCCCAGAAGCCACUGAAAAGGAGGCGAUCCUUAAUCACUUGGGCCUUCUUGCGAGGUUCCUCCCCUCAGCUGGAGACGUCCACGGGGACCACGGCACAGGGCUGCUUGUUCGGUCGGCCCCUCAGCGCCGUGUGCGUAGAGGACACUUUGCCAAAGCCCGUCAUGGACAUGCUGAUCUUCCUGUAUCACGAGGGCCCGUGGACGCGGGGCAUCUUCCGGCGGCCCGCAGGCGCUCGCACCGUCCGGGAACUGAGGAACUCAUUGGAUGCUGGACAGUUUCUUCUUCCCCUGACACGGUACCACAUCUUCAUCAUCGCCGGAGUCUUCAAAGACUUCCUGCGCAACAUCCCUGGCAGCCUGCUGUGCUGUGAUCUGCAUGGAGAGUGGAUGGAUGUGUUGGAGGAAGAAGAGGCGGAGCAAGAGCGAGUGCAGGAGAUACAAAGAAUGAUGGGUAGGCUGCCCAAAGGCAACACUCUGCUGCUGCGCCACCUGCUGGCCGUGCUGCAGCAUAUCCACGGUAACGCCCAAGAGAACCAGAUGACCAGUUUUAACUUGGCGGUGUGCAUCGCUCCCAGCAUGCUUUGGCCCCCUGGAGCACUGUGCAGCCCGGAGGCGGAGAACGAAGGAACCAGGAAGGUGUGUGACUUGGUGAAGUUCAUGAUAGACCAGUGCCAGCAGAUCAUAGGAGAGGAACCAUCCUCACUCUUUGGAGCUUUUCCACAAACACUCACUGCUGAGGAGGAGACAGGACUUGGUACUAAACUCACACUCGCUGUAUCAUCUGUGUUGUGUAUCAGCCUGGUAUCACAAUCACUGUAUCAUAUGUGUUAUGCAUCAGCCUGGUAUCACACACUGUAUCAUCUGUGUUGUGUAUCAGCCUGGUAUCACUCUCACUGUAUCAUGUGUGUUAUGCAUCAGCCUGGUAUCACACUCACUUUAUCAUCUGUGUUAUGUAUCAGCCUGGUAUCACACUCGCUUUAUCAUCUGUGUUGCGUGUCAGCCUGGUAUCACACUCACUGUAUCAUCUGUGUUGUGUAUCAGCCUGGUAUCACACUCGCUGUAUCAUCUGUGUUGUGUAUCAGCCUGGUAUCACACUCACUGUAUCAUCUGUGUCAGCCUGGUAUAACACUCAUUGUAUCUUCUGGGUUGUCUAUCAGCCCGAUAUCACACUCACUGUAUCAUCUGUGUUGUGUAUCAGCCUGGUAUCACACUCACUGUAUCAUGUGUUACGUAUCAGCCUGGUAUCACACUCACUGUAUCAUGUGUUAUGUAUCAGCGUGGUAUCACACUCACUGUAUCAUCUGCUUUGUGUAUCAGCCUGGUAUCACACUCACUUUAUCAUCUGUGUUAUGUAUCAGCCUGGUAUCACACUCGCUUUAUCAUCUGUGUUGCGUGUCAGCCUGGUAUCACACUCACUGUAUCAUCUGUGUUGUGUAUCAGCCUGGUAUCACACUCGCUGUAUCAUCUGUGUUGUGUAUCAGCCUGGUAUCACACUCACUGUAUCAUCUGUGUCAGCCUGGUAUAACACUCAUUGUAUCUUCUGGGUUGUCUAUCAGCCCGAUAUCACACUCACUGUAUCAUCUGUGUUGUGUAUCAGCCUGGUAUCACACUCACUGUAUCAUGUGUUACGUAUCAGCCUGGUAUCACACUCACUGUAUCAUCUGUGUUAUGUAUCAGCGUGGUAUCACACUCACUGUAUCAUCUGCUUUGUGUAUCAGCCUGCUAUCACACUCACUGUAUCAUGAUUUGUCAUGUAUCAGUCUGGUAUCACACUGUAUCAUGAUCUGUCAUGUAUUAGCCUGGUAUCACACGCACUGUAUCUGUGUUGCGUAUCUGCCUGGUAUCACACUCACUGUAUCGUCUGUGUUAUGUAUCAGCCUGGUAUCACAUUGCGGUAUCAUCUGUGUUAUGUAUCAUCUGUUGUAUCAUCUGUUGUGUAUCAGCCUGGUAUUACACUCAUUGAAUCAUCUGUUUUAUGUAUCAGCCUGGUAUCACUCAUUGUAUCAUCUGUGUUGUGUAUCAGCCUGGUAUCACACUCACUGUACCAUCUGUGUUGUGUAUCACACUCGCUGUAUCAUCCAUGUUGUAUAUCAGCCUGGUAUCACACUCACUGUAUCAUGAUCUGUAAUGAAUCAGCCUGGUAUCACAUUCACUGUAUCAUCUGUCAUGUAUCAGCCUGCUGUCACACUCACUGUAACAUGAUCUGUCAUGUAUCAGCCUGGAAUCACACUCGCUGUAUCAUUUGUCAUGUAUGAGCCUGGUAUACUCAUUGUAUUAUCUGUGUUAUGUGUUAGCCUGGUAUCAUAUUCACUGUAUCUGUUAUAAGCCUGCUGUCACUCUCACUGUGUAAUGAUCGGUCAUGUAUCAGCCCAUACUUGCCAACCUUGAGACCUCCGAAUUCGGGAGAUGGGGGG